AUGCCGGCUUCAAAGUCUCGUAAAAGUGAAGACGACUUGCUAUUGCAAGAUUUUAGCAAAAAUGUUACCACUGCUUCUUCAGUCAUUUUUUACAUCAACGCCUUGCUGGUUUCUGUGGUGCCGAUAUGGGUCUUUUGGAGAAUCCAUCAGUUAGAUCCAAGAUCUGCGGUGAUUAUCUAUGUUCUAGGCGCAGCAGUCAGCACUUAUAUGGUGGCUUUUGCUUACAAGAACGUUAAAUUCAAUUUGAAACACAAAAUCGCUGUUAGUCGCGACGAAGGUGUAACAAGAGAAGUAAGCAAUCAACUCAACAAUUCUGCCAAUGGGAAAAAGAUCAAUAAGAAGGAAAGAGAUGAGAGCAAUUAUAUUUUAUCCACUGCUGUUGCUGCUGGUCUUGUCGCUCUUUUCUCAACUGGCUCUUAA